CACACACACAGUUGGCUGUUGUUGGCUGUGACUGGGGUGCUGUGAGGCGAGUGGGGCUCAGUGGGACCAGGCAGAGGCCGGCGUUGCAGGCAGGCAGGCAGUGGAGAGAGUAUUGAGCCGCAGAGACGUGCCAAGGGUGGUUAAACCAUGCUCACUGGGUGGGGGAAAGACUCUGCCCAGGACACACGAUGAAGGUGGAGAGGAAGACCUCCUCUACAAGCGACAGUUUUACUGACAUUCCUGCGCUAUUGACGUUGUUUGGCCUCCUCCUCCUUCUCCUCACAGGUGAAGUGUCGGGGGUGAAUGUGACCAGCCAAACCCAGGUGGUGAGGGGCACGGCGGGCAAAGAGGCCCUGUUGUCCGUCAGCUACUCCAGCAGCAGCUUGGACAAGCCUGUGAUUAAGUGGCAGCUGAAGAGGGACAAAGAGAAACCCAUCACUGUGGUGCAGUCCAUAGGAACAGACAUCAUAGGGAACCUGAGGCCAGAGUACCGCAACCGAAUCCUGGUAUUUGAGAACGGGUCACUGCUGCUUCACAACCUGCAGCUGUCAGACGAAGGGGCGUACGAAGUUGAGAUCUCCAUCACCGAUGACACCUUCACCGGAGAGCGCUACAUUGAGCUCACUGUGGACGUCCCCGUGUCCAAACCUUACAUCCAGAUGAUGGCCUCGUCUGUCCUGGAGUUGAGCGAGCACUUUAACCUCCACUGUUCCCAUGAGAACGGCACAAAGCCCAUCUACGGUUGGCUGAAGGGAGGCAAGGUGCUGACCAACGACACGCGUCUGCAGCUUUCACAUGACCAAAAGGUGCUGACCAUCUCACGCGUUGUGAUCUCAGAUGAUGACAUUUACGCCUGCACAGUGGAGAACCUCAUCAGCAGCAUGAAGAGCAUGCCUGUCAAGCUCACUGUCUACAGACGGAGCUCGCUAUACAUCAUCCUGUCCACAGGGGGCAUAUUCCUCCUGAUCACCCUGGUUACUGUGUGCGCUUGUUGGAAACCAUCCAAAAAGAAGCAUCGACCCGUCCCCCAAAGGGCUCCCAUCUAUUUGGAGCAGAGUGAAAAUGGCCAUAAUGUAGAUGUUGUUCCCAAACCAACUACGCUUGGUCGAAGGAGUCCAAUGCCUCUUUAUGUUCUCAACGAAGAUGAGACUGUGGAGCGGUUUGAAGAAUACGCUGACAACCCUGCCGUCCAAUCAGAAACGAGUAUCCCUGCCGUGUACGCGCCGGUCCUCCCGAGUCCCUCCUCCUCCUUCAGAACUGAGCGGCCCGUGUGGUCUGCCCCACGCAGAUACCCCCGCAGCCCCUCUCCUCUGGCCCAGCCUCUCCCACAAACCCUUCCAGGACCUCCGCUGCGUCCUGUCCGCUCACCUGCUAACUCCCCAGGAGGCUCUCCGCGAAGCUUCAGCCCGAUUAGAAAAGUGCGCCCCCCAGUGGGCAUCCCAAGCAGCCACCUGCCUGUGGAGGCCGAGUGUCCAGACCCUUUGGAUCAGGCUCACGGUCCACCACAGCAGUGACGGCUUCUGGUUCUGUGAUUUGUAGAGUCCACGUGUAGUCUGUUGAUCCUCUCGUGCACCUCGCCCCGAAGAUAAUGAAAGAGUUGAUUAAGUAGGAUGGGACGAUGAGUUCACUUUCAGCUAACUCUUUGACUUCGUAUUAUUCGCCAUUAUUUAUCAUCUUUUUCUCUAUGGCCACGCACAAUAUUUCUGUAGUAUUUUUGAUGAUACCCUGUCACAUGAAACAAGUAUAUUCUGUUCACCAUUAUUUAGGAUAUCUUAAAUAGAACAGUAAAAAGAAAUACAGCUCUGGUAUAUAUUUUGUUUCUUCAUGCAUAUACAUUUUCCUAGUACUUGUACAUAUGUAAGUUAAUGGUUUUGGGUAGGGUCUUUUUUUUCUUUUUAACAAUUUAAUCUGCAACGUCUAUUCUUUUUAAGGAUCAGGUGAUGGAAUAAACUAAUAAAAA